AUGGGAGGUCUAGUUGUUCAUCAAAACAAAAAUUAUCAUUUAGAUUGUAUGACAAGAAUGGAAAAUUUUAUUUAUGUAUAUUCAAAAGAACCAGAAACAUCAUUUCAAAAACAAUUAUUUUAUGUGGCAAACAGAAUUUUCCUUAAUGAUGAUGGUGAUUUAGUCAUAGAAAAUGAUGCAUCAUUGGCAAAUGAAGGAAAUUUUCAUGCUUUGUUACAAUAUCGUAUUGCAAGUGGUGAUGCAGCACCUAAAAAUCAUUUAGAAAUAUGUAGUAAAAAUGCUACAUAUAUUUCAAAAACAACACAAAAUGAAGUGAUCUCGAUUAUUGGUACUUUAGUUUUGAAACAAGUGAUUGAAGAAGUUAAAUUAGCACAAUUUUAUACAAUAUUAUUAGAUGAAACACGUACAUGA